AUGUCUCGAUUCAGAGACGUACUUGAUACCCAUGAUGGCGCAAUGGCUCCACGUCAGAAUGCAGCAGAAGAGUACAAUAAAAUUUUUGGUUGUGUGCUGGAUCCAUUAUACAGAUCAGUUCAAGUAGCUGCUACUCAUCUGCAUUCUCCUUUAGAUGUUGCUGUAUAUACGCUAAAUUGUUUGUCAGCGAUUUAUUCUCUGGUCAUUCUCUAUCCCUUUACCGACUCACGAAUCGAAAUGAUCAAAGCUUUAAUGGAAGGUAACGAGGAUGUUUUGGUAUCUGAAGAGGCUUCGACGAUUCUUGCGAAUACUGGUCUAAUCAGUUUGUACCAAAAGGCUGCUGCUCAUGACAGGAAUCAAGGUCCACUGUCUGCCAUACCGGGCAUGGAUGCGAAUACAGUCAAUCAAACUUUGUUACAAUUUGAUUUAUAUCUCUCUCAACCAGAUAAUUAUGAGUUAGAUCAAGUGGCCAAAAUCAGCAGUAUUCGCACGAGGGAGAGUGUGCAGCAGAGAACAGUGGAUAACGUGGUUGCUGCUUACUCGGUUAUCAUCAGCAAGUUGGAAGAUCCGUUUAAUGCUUAUGCAAAUGUCGCUUUCAAAACUGUUGAGCAGGCAAGUGAAAGAGCUGCUCAAGUGAAGGGCUUCUUGUGGUUUCAACAGUCUUCCUGUCUUCCGGUCGAUUGA